AUUUUAUUGUCUUAUUAAAAAUUUUUAUUAGAUAUUUAGAUAUCACUAUUAUUGGUGCUGUUAUCCUUCAAUUUAUUAGUAAAAUAGGUUAUGCUAUAAUAUAAUAUCUGGAAUCAAUGUAAUAAUAUAUCAUAAUAAUUUACACGAUCUUAAUAUAAAAACACGUGAUAUGUCUAAAUAAGAAAGAGAAUGAAAAAAUCGAAUGACGUUAGUACUAAAAUAUAUCAGAACGAAUCAAAUCGAAACGAUCAACUAAAAUUUUAAUUUUAGCAAAAGAAUUUUAGUAAAAUUAUUGAGCAUUAAAAAAUAAUAUAAGCAAUUAAAAAAUAAAAUAAUCAGAUCUUUAAUAUAUAAAAUAAAACAAUUGGAAAAAGUUAAUUUCACAGAUUGAAAUGCUAUUAUCGAUCAAAAAAAAAUAAUUCUAAUUUUCAUCGAAAGAAAUCACCGGUUUAAAAUGUAUACUUUAUAAUCAAUAAUGAUAUUCUUUAAAUUUAGAAAAUCUUAUAAGUUUUGCUUUAUCAUUUUCCGAAGGAGAAUUCAAGACUAUAUAAUAUUUGAUGGUUUCCUAUGCUGUGAAUUUAUAAUGUGAUUAUUGAAAAUUUGUUUUUAUUCCACAAGAUUAUGACUAUAAUCAUGUAGAAUUUAGUAUAAAGAAGAUGAUGCCUCAUUUUGUAGCUCUGACACCCAUAAGAAGAAGAUGUUUAAUCAUACUUUCAAUAAUAUUAGUACCAUGCGCCAUUCUAAAUCUUUUAUCACCAUCAGAGUUGCAUGAAGAAACAAUUUUACAAAAUAGUAUUGCAGAAUUACAAGCUAAAUUGGAACAUUUACAUGCUAAAUAUGUUACAAGUCAAGAAGAAAUAAAUUUGUUAUCACAUCAAUUAUUCCAAUUAAUAGAAAACAAUCACAUUUUGCCAGAUCUUCAAUUUCUACUUAACAAUGCUACAUCAAAUGUGACCAAUAUAAAAUUACCAUCAAUAUAUAAUUUUCUUCCUCAUUUUUUAAAUGAUCCUAAUAGUCUACGACCAGCAUUUGUACAGACUAAAGGUCGUAGUGGAGUUAGUAUGGUCCUGGGUGUUCCAACAGUUAAAAGAGAAAUUCAGAGUUAUUUAAUGGCCACACUUAAGAAUUUAUUGGAUCGUAUGAAUCCUGUGGAAACAGCAGAUACUUUAAUUAUUGUGUUAAUUGCUGAAACAGAUUUGGAAUAUGUAACAUAUGUUGCAAAACAAAUUGAAGUUCAAUUUCCAGUUGAAUUUGAGGCUGGUGUAAUUGAUGUGAUAUCUCCAUCUAUAUCUUAUUAUCCAGAUUUAUCUAAAUUACAUGAUACUUUAGGCGAUGAUCAUCAAAGAGUAAUUUGGAGAUCAAAGCAAAAUUUAGAUUUUGCAUUUCUUAUGUCAUAUGCUCAGACAAAAGGAACAUUUUAUGUACAAUUAGAAGAUGACAUAUUAGCCAAAAAAAAUUUUAUAACAACAAUGAAAUCUUUUGCAUUACAAAAAAUUGCAACUAAAGAAAAUUGGUUUGUUUUGGAUUUUUGUCAAUUGGGAUUUAUUGGAAAAUUAUUUAAAUGCGCAGAAUUGCCAUGGUUGAUUCAAUUUUUUUUAAUGUUUCAUAAUGAUAAACCAGUUGAUUGGUUAUUAGAUCAUUUAGUAUCAACUAAAGUUUGUAGUCUUGAUAAAGAUAGUAAACAUUGUAAAAUGGCUAAAGCAGAAUUAUGGGUUCAUUAUAAACCUUCUCUUUUUCAACAUAUAGGAACACAUUCUUCAUUAAAAGGAAAAGUACAAAAAUUAAAGGAUAAACAAUUUGGAAAAAUAACAUUAUAUUAUGCACAUGAAAAUCCAGAAGCAAUAGUAGAAACACAAAUCAAACCAUACAAACAAUAUACAUUACAAAAAGCCUAUAAAGGUGAAUCAUUUUUUUGGGGUCUUUUGCCACAACCUGGAGACCAUUUAAAAUUUAAAUUUUCUCAUCCUAUUUUUAUAAAAAGGUAUUUAUUUAGAAGUGGCAAUCCUGAACAUCCAUCUGAUAGGUUUUAUAAUACUACAGUAGAAGUAUUUACAAAAAUAUCUGCAUUUAUGAAUAGAAAUAGUAAUGAUAUUACAGAAGACGGUUAUAUUAUUAUAGGGAAAUUUGAUGCACUUGGGAUUGCUCAAGGAACAGUAGAUCCAAAGUUAGGAAAAAUAUCAAUACUUCGUUUAACUGUACACAGUGAAAGUGAAAAUUGGGCUAUUUUAUCGGAGAUUCACAUAGUUGAAGAUCAUCCUAGUUGACCUUCAGAAAAAAUAUUUCGAAAAUUUUUUCGACAUUAUUCACAGGGAUAAAAAAGAUAAGUUAAUUAUUAAAUUAUUUUUAGUUUUAUUUUUAUGUCAUUGUGUUUUGAUAGAUUAUAAA